CUCCUAACAGUAGGUCAUGCGCUGUUUUAUUAUGUUCAACGAUUCGUAAACUUAUUUAAAUAAUAAACUUAAAGUAGUUUAAAUUUACAUUUUACAUUGUUGUAUUUUAAAGUAAUGAAAGUAGUGUUUGGCUUCCAAAAUUUAGUUUAAAAAUACUGUUCAUCUGAAAUUUGCUUUAAAUAUUUCAUCUAAAGCUUGUCCUAAUUCUAUCCACCAUAGUCUUUUUAAUAAGUAAUAUAAGGUGCAUCUUCUAUAUUAGUACACCAUUUUUGUAGACAUACUUCAUUCUAGAAUUUUCUAUCAUUUCGAAAAUUCGUGUAAACUAAUGGCUUUCCAUAUUGUCAAACCAAAUACUUUUUAAAAUGUGAAAAUAUUUGUCACGAAGGACACUUCACAUUCAACAAAAUUACCUGCAACGUGUUUGUGAUUAUAUUUGUCGUAGAUAUAAAUCAAUCGAAAGAUCGAGAUUCAGUACUGUGACAGGUGGGUGUGUUUGUCGAAGAACAAGGUUAGUCUGGUGGUUGCACGAUGAAAGCGAAUCGUCGUAUAAUGAGAGUGGAAGGUGGUCGGACAGCGGUCGUGGUAGCAGGACGUACAGUGCUCGCGCACCUCGCCAUGCGCACACGCUCGACACAUGGCGCGUCGCCUGGCGCUGCUCGCGCUGCUGGCGUGCGUGGUGGCGCUUCGCCGCCCGCCUCCUACUUACGACGACAUGUACUACUCCGACUCCGGGGACUCCUAUUCCCUGUGGGAUGAUUAUGACGACUCCUACGAAACAACCCCUCCGCCGCGAUUACGUCCUACGACGACUAGUGCUAAAGUGAUACUAAGGAAUAAAGUUCCAAAAGUGAACGUGACGGUUAAAACGUCAAAAGGUGAUGAUAAAAAAAUAAUAAAAACCACAAACAUUAAUAUUGAGAGUCAUACAAACUUUAUAGUGACAAAGGCUCCUGUUGUGAGUCAAGGGACGGUCACAAGGCGCCCUGUGAUCCAAAUCAGUGAAGACUAUGUUAUAGUUGAAUCUCCAGAGCUACAUGCCGAUCAGUUUUCAAAAUCUAGCACGAAAAAGCCUGUGACGUCACGUCGGCCAUCCUCCAGCAAGCGACCUACGACAAAGCGGCCCCCAACGACUCGUCGAUCGCGACCACCGCUUAAAACUACCAAAGCUCCAAAAGUAAAAAAACCUACAUGUCCCCCGAAAAGUACUGGGUGGCUGUCAUCAUUUUUUCAAGAUGUCAAAGAAAAAAAAACUCCCAAGAAACCCGCAAAAUCAGGUUGGUUAUUAGUUCCAGGUAUAUUUUCAAAUAUAUACAAUUGGUUUGUGAACAAAAAAACUUCAUGGUUCGGCGGAGACGGCGGAUGGUUCCAAGGUUCGGUAAAAGCCAAAAAACCAAAUUAUAUUUUUCCAACGACAACCACACCAGAGCCGCUCACGCCUGCGCCCAGCUGGUUCCAUACCCUUGUUGAAUCGGAGGAAAACGAUGGUGCCUACGCCAGCGAACUCAGUACAAGUAAGAAACCAACAAAGAAAUCUUUGAAGAAGACAUACAAAGGUUAUCAGUUGUUGCGAACAUACCCAGACGUACAAUGGAAGGUUCAAGAAAUGUUAGAUUUACAAGAAGAAGCUCAAGGUUCUGGUAUAAUGUGGUGGACUCCACCCUCUCUGAAUGGCACUACGGAUUUAGUCGUACCCUCAGACUUACUAGAAGACGUCAAAGAACAGUUAAAAUCAUCGCAGAUAGAUUACGAUGUAGUUAUUUGGGACUUGCAGAAAGCCAUCGCCUACGAAAAUCCACGUUUAUCAAAAAAACAAAGAAUAGAACUUGAACAAGUUCGAGGACAUCCGAUGACCUGGAGACGUUAUCAUCGUUACGCCGACAUAUUACGUUAUUUGGAGUAUUUACAACAUUCUCAUUCCGAUGUAAUAGAACUGAUUCCUCUCGGUCGCUCUUCCGAAGGUCUUCCUUUAGUGGCUGUUAAGAUCUCGGUAUCGAAUGACAAUCAGAUGAAGGAAUCUGGAAAUAAAACAAAUAAAAAGAAAUGGAAGCUUCGGUCCCAUAUGAAACCAGCUGUGUGGAUCGAUGGAGGAACUCACGCUCGGGAGUGGAUAGCACCGGCUGUCGCAACAUGGAUAAUCCACACUCUUGUUGAAGGAGAAAAAGGCUUAGGAGCAGACUUAGAAGUACUAAAGCAAGCUGACUUCUAUAUAAUGCCAGUGUUAAACCCAGACGGGUAUGAACACUCGCACACGCAUGACCGACUAUGGAGCAAAACGCGUUCACGCUCCCCCGAUCAUUCUGACGACUACUUCGUUGGCUGGUUUCCAUGGAACUGGGGUCAAGUUGAAUGUGUGGGUGUGGAUGCAGACCGCAACUGGGACUACCAUUGGGGCGAGAAAGACUCCUCGACGGAUCCUUGCUCAGAUAACUACGCUGGGCCCCAUCCGUUCAGUGAACCCGAGACGCGGGCUGUUUCAGAAUUUCUUGCAGAGCAUCGAGGACAAAUUAAAGUUUUUAUAUCUCUGCAUGCCUAUACCCAAGCUUGGCUAGUACCAAGUUCCCAAGCCCACGCGCCCUUCGCCGAUGAUGGAAUACUCAUGGAAAUGGGAAAAUUGGCAACAACGGCGCUUUCCGACUUAUUCGGUACCAAGUAUCAGCUGGGCACUGUGGCAGAUUUGCGGCAGCCUGCGUCUGGGAUGUCUCAUGAUUGGGCCAAGGCUCGGGCUGGCAUCAAGUUUUCCUAUCACGUUGACUUGCGAGAUUCGUUUGGACCUUACGGCUUUCUACUACCUGGAUCGCAAAUUGUAUCAACGGCUCGCGAAACUUGGCAAGCAGUUAAAGCAAUUGUGGACAAUUUGACACCUUAAUUUACUUUCUAGCAAUAUGACUCGUAUUCGAAUGACGAAUGUACAUACACGUAUAACUAGAUUGACUGUAAUCAUUUAAAAUUAUAAGUAAAAUUAGAUUAUCAGAUUUAAUAUGCAACCUUUGCAUACUGAAAUGGUAUGAAAAAACGCGAUAAUUAAUUUGCACGUAGGAAAUUUUAACAAUGCAAAAUUGUAACGUUUAAAAUGGGUGUUAUAACCAAAGUUAAGAUAUCGGAUAAGAGUUAAUUGGUUUAGGCAAAGUUUUAACUGUUUAAAUAAGUAAAUAUAGCGUUAAGAAAGGAUGAAUUAACAACAUUAAUGUUAAUGUUAACGAGGGAAAAAUUUGAAAUGAAAGUUUGAAUUGAGCUUUAAAAACACGAAAACUGUCGUCGGACAAUCAGAUAUUACUUAGAUUAUUUCUUAGAUUAACAUUACCUAUAUAUAGUAUUAUACAUUAAUAAUUUAAAUCAUUACAUCUUAAACAAAUAUUUUAAAGUAUACAUUUUGUUAUUGUAAUAAUUUUACGCAAUAGUUAUUAAAGGCUAUUCGAUUCCUACGUUAGUAAGUUUAUCCAGUGAAAAACGCAUUUAUAUAAAUCUAAUUACAGAAAAUUUAGUUACUUAUUUAUUUGUUUGAGAGUAGUUGUGUGAUAAUAGAAAUUAAAUUUAUUAAUUGAUCGCGGUACGUGAGGUAUUAUAGUAUAUUAAUAAAUCAAAAUAAGGAAAA